CAACCAAAUCACAAAGCCUUCCCGCGACAAUUCAUAGCCCUUUACACGAACCAAAUCACAAGGCUUUACCGCGACAAUUCGUAGCCCUAAAUGUCAUUGUUAAAGUUGUUUGAUGGUUCCGCAAAGGAGGACAGAGUGGGGUGGGUUUGGGCUUCUAUUGAAUCUGGCUAAUUGUCAGCACGCGUCACUCGUUAAUCCCUGGAGAAUACCUAGGUACUGUUUAUGAACCGUAUGUUACAUUCGCGUACAGUUGCAUAUUUACUUUAGUUCUAGAAAGUGUUCGUUCGUUUAAGUAUGAGUUCCCCACUUCGAGAGAUUUUGGCUAACCGGCCGAAUGUUGAUAUCAGCUGUCUUUUGGUUAGUCCGAAGGGCAAAGUUGCAAAACCGAGGCCCAAACCUGAACGUCAACAGUCACUUCUACUCUUCACGGGUGAGGUACGCCUUGGAGUUGGCCUCCAAAUUCCAUGAGUCGUCUGUGGUCUACUCCGUUGACAAUAAAAACAAAAUUCUUCUUGGCGACCAGGUGGCCGCUGUGAACCGGGGCAUCCAGAUUAAUUGAUUCUUUCCCGCUGAUGACUGCCCCAACCUCCCUGACCACGACUUCCCCACUCCCGGGUACUUCCUUGUUCCUUGUGGCUACCUUCAGAUGGUUCCCCCGUCUCCAUCUACGCUAACCAGAGAUAAUCUUGGACGGGACCAGUAUGAGCUCCCCAGAAGAUCGAGGGCUACUAUCAUAAACAGGAGUCCCCAGAACCCAUGUCAUGUGUCAACUCACAUGAAUGACAUGAUCAAGCAUCUGAAGGUAGCAGAAGAGGUGGCAAAAGGGCAUUCACUUCUUGUACUGAUUGCGGAUGGCGGGCCGGAUUUCAACGUGAACCAUGCGGUUAAUGAAAUCUACUAUGGCCGCCUCUUCAAGCAGUGCAAGCUGGACGCCCUAAUUGCCACCUCGUACUGUCCUGGCCAUUCAGCCUUAAACCCCGUGGAGCGGCUGUGGGCCCCGUGCACCCGAGCAUUGACCUCCACGUCGAUACCCGCAGCGCUCCCCGGGGAGCUGCCUCCCAAGCGGCAGUCCCUCACCCAAGAUGAAUGAGAAAGGAAGGAUGCAGAGGUGUUCAACAAUGUCAUGGAACACGUCAAACACUAUUGGAAGGGGCUCCACUACGCUGGGCAUCCGGUCACCACCAUCACAACGCCCAGCGGAUUCCAAGAUGCGCCCCUCGAUGACUUCGACCGUGUACCCACUGCAGUGUCAUCAUCGGCGACUAGUCUGCGGGAGGAUCGAGCAGUGUAUGAUGAAUACAAGUUCGUCAUGCGACACAUGGAUCGGCGCAUUGGCAUGGUGAUUUUUGCCAAAUGUUCCGAUCCAGGGUGUCAGCACUGCUUAUCCAACCCCCCAGUUGCCAAUGAUAUGCUGCAGUGUGUGCGCAGCUUCCCGACGCCUAUUCCAUCAACCGAACAUCCAAGUCAUUUUUUGACCUUUAUGGAGGCCAUUCGCGACACCAGACAGCCCCCAUGCGAACACAUGCCCUUGUUCAAUCAAAAGUCAUUGGGGCGCUGCAAAGAGGAGGGGUGCAGAUAUGUGUUCACCAGCAAGAAAGAUGUUGCUGACCACAAGAGAAAGGCACACAGAUAAACGUUCCGUCGUGACAAAAUGAGCAGGCUCAUAAUUAAUGUGAAUCAUUUUUUUUAAUCAGACAGGCGUUAUCUAAAUUGUACCUUUCAUCGUUUUGUGGCUGAAAAUUAUAUAUCGGGAAAUGAAAAGAAGAAAGAAACUAGAGCUAUGUCUGUUCGAUGAACAGAAUACAAGGCUUUUCUGCCUUUUUGGGGGGUUGUUUUGUCCAUCCAUGCAAGAACAUACCGUAGUUACAGACCUAACUUUUCCACAUGUAGGACUUUAUUCACCUUUUAACAUGACGUCAAAUAUCCUGUGAUGACCUCAUCGUGACAACACUUGUCAGUGCACAUGCUUUCAUUGUUGUCUUGAUGUGCACCAAGUUUGACGUCGAUCCCAUGAAAGAAAGUGUCAACUUUUUUUAGCGGAAUACAAUUUAAAAUAUUAAAAAAUAAUAAUAAAAAAAUCAACAGAUGACGUCAAGAUGACGUCA